AGGCAGCUUGGGUGCUCAACGAGACGCGAGGGGGGUGGAUGUGAUGAAGAGGGAAUGGCCGCGCAUGCGCAGUAGUACACUCGGCGGCCGCGGUGAUGGCUACGCAGUGACGGUUGGACCUAACGGUUGCUAUUGACAUUGGGGUUGGGCGUGCGGUGGCUGAUUCUUGUGAGGAGAGCGGCCAGCACCUGGGUAGCCGUUAGCCCCGCGGAGGAGGCGCCGGCCACCUCGUGGUUAUGCGGCGACACUGAAACUCGGGGCGUAUCCGCCUUCCCCCGCCCCCACCAGAGCCGGGCCCGGGCCGUCGUCCGGCGCUGGGUUCUCGGAUCCUGCUACCGCCGUCCCAUGUGGGGCUCUCCCUCCGCCUGAGGCGCCCCGGGAGGGCAAGGCUGGCAUGGCCCGCCGCCUGGAGUAGUCGCCUGGGCCGCCGCCGCCGCUCAGAAUAAAGAGGAGCUGCGGCGGGGGAGGGCAGGCAAGGGGGGGGAAGCAGGCCUCGGCCCUGGCUGUGACGGCGCCUCGAUGCGGGGCUAGGAGUGCAGCCGCCCCUCGGCCUGCCCUGCCCGGGCGCGGAGCCGCGCUUUCUUCUCAGCCCGGAGCCGUCGGCCUCAGCGUCUGCGAUGAACCCGGUGAAUGCUACAGCUUUGUACAUCUCCGCCAGUCGCCUGGUGCUCAACUACGGCCCCGGGGAGGAUCCGCAGUGCCUGGCCGAGAUCGGCAAGCUGCUGCCCUAUUUCCGGCAGUCGCUCUCCUGCUGUGUGUGCGGUAAUCUGCUGCAAGAUCCUAUUGCACCCACCAAUUCCACAUGUCAGCAUUAUGUCUGCAAAACCUGUAAAGGCAAGAAAAUGAUGAUGAAGCCAUCGUGUAGUUGGUGCAAGGACUAUGAGCAGUUUGAAGAAAAUAAACAGUUAAGCAUUCUAGUAAACUGCUACAAAAAACUCUGUGAAUACAUAACACAAACCCCACUGGCACGUGAUAUUAAACAAGCUGUUGACAGUUCUCCAGAUCUUUUGACUUUGCUCAAAGAUGGUUCCCCACUCCAUGAAGAAACAGAAAAAGCAUCUGAUGAAACCUUGUCAUUGUGUUUCACACAUUCCCCAUCACCUUCAAACUCAGAGCAUACGGUUGAGCCACCAGCAAGUUGUUCUUCUGUACCUGAAAGCACACAUGACUCUGAUGCAAAAGGCUCCGCUAUUAAUGGGUUGCCCAAUUGUAAUGGGCUUUCAGUAGAGAAACCUGGGGCAAAUAUCCCUUCCCCUGAACAUGCAAAUACAGUAGAUGUAUGUAGCCCUGGACAGUACAUAAAAACUGAAGAUAGUCUUCAGCCUAUUUGUGACACAGUUUCCUCUAGUGACUUGUGUGCUACAGGCAUUGAUAUCUGCAGUUUCAGUGAAGACAUCAAAUCUAGUGAUCCCCUUUUACUUAGUGUUGAAGAAGUGCUUCGGAGCUUGGAGUCUAACACAGAGGCCUGCAGUCCUAAUCUGCAACAUAGCUUGGAAACCAAUUUAUCUAAUGGCCCUUUUUUGCAGCUUUCUCCCCCACCUCCUAGCCAUAACACAUACAUAUCUAUGGGUUCUUCACCUCAUGGGAUUUCAUGUACAGCUGCGACGCCUAAGGUAGUUAAAUUAAACAGAAAGCGAUCACGAUCAGAAAGCGAUAGUGAAAAGGUUCAGCCUCUUCCAAUUUCUAGCAUCCUUCAUGGUCCGACUUUGGGAGCCUCAGCCCCUGUUACAGUGAAACAAGAAGCAAAGAUGUCUUUGCAACCUAUUGCGACUGUACCCAAUGGAGGCACUGCUCCUAAAAUAGGCAAAACUGUACUCAUACAGAAUAAAAGCAUGAAAAAGAGUCUAGACCAUACUGCCAAGAAAUCUCAUCCUAAAUCUAAAUCGGGAAUGCUGAAAACAAAAGACAAAUCAAAAGAAAAAAUUUCCAGCAGUCAUGUUGUGCCAGGAAGUCCAACAAAAACUGUGUACAAAAAGCCACAGGAAAAGAAGGGGUGUAAAUGUGGUCGAGCCACUCAAAAUCCAAGUGUUCUUACAUGUCGUGGCCAACGCUGCCCUUGCUACUCGAACCGUAAAGCCUGCUUAGACUGUAUAUGCCGUGGCUGCCAAAAUUCAUAUAUGGCUAAUGGGGAGAAGAAAUUGGAGGCAUUUGCAGUGCCAGAAAAGGCCUUGGAGCAGACUAGGCUUACUUUGGGCAUUAAUGUGACAAGCAUUGCUGUGCGCAAUGCCAGCACAAGCACCAGUGUAAUUAAUGUGACAGGUUCACCAGUAACGACAUUUUUAGCUGCCAGUACAAACGAUGAUAAGAACUUGGAUGAAACCUUAGACAUGAGAUAUGACUGCUGAGUCAUUAUUUUUGUCUCCCUGCCCCCCACCAUCAGUAGGGGGACUGCUACAAUUUUGAAGGCAGCUAUGGUUCUGUUUAACUUGCCGGAGCUCCUGCAUAUAGAUCACUUGUAUCAAGUGUUUUUCAUUGCUAUGUUGUGUGUUAGUGUCUGGGAAAUAGUUUGACGGUAAUUGCAGAGUUACCCUGAAACUGUCUUUAGUUCUUACAGCACCUCAUAGUUUCAGAUCAAAUGCUAAUGUAAAUGAUUUUUAAUACAAAAUGACUUUUUGGCAAACAUUGGCCUUGUUAUACCAGUUCAUGCUUUGUGCUUAAUCAGAGAGUGAUUAAAUCCAGAAAUGGUUUCUAGUCAGUCCAUCACAGUUGUGCUAAUUUCUUAUAUAUCUAUGUUUAGAGUCAGUGUUGCAAGAAAAUCACACCAUAUUUCUGCUGGAAAUCUAGUAAACCAGUCAGAAACCAGUCUUUUAAUACCACAUGGAUGGGGAAAUUAGUAUUUUAGCACCUUAAACUUGUUCAAAAUCAUUUUUACAUUAAAGUGAAAAUUACCGUAACUGUCCAACUAAUUUAUGCUGCCUUGAAGCAAUUAAAGUAUCAAACUGGGCUCUACUUUCAGUUGAUGUCACAUGAGAUUUUCAGAUAUUUGAACCUUUUCUUUUGAGUAAAAAUUUGAAAAUAAUAGUUGGGGCUCCUUUGCUAUGAAGUUUUCUCAGAAUAUUUUUAAACUUAUUUUCACAUUAUUCUUAAAUUUUGCAAAUUGAUGUCACUAGUGUUUCAUGAUGUGUGCUAUUAACUUUAAUCUUGAUGAUAUUUCUGCUGAGUUCAUUAUGAAAUAGAUACUGUGUGUUAUUUUGAACCAUUGUUAUGCUAGUUAACUUCAAAGCAAAAGCAGUGUGAUUCUCAUGCCGAAGUUACUUGAGAUACAACUGUGGUUUUAACAGUUGGCAGGCUCGAAGAGAGGCAAAGUUUGCUCUUGAGUAAAUUUCUGUGCUUUUAAUUGACAUAAGUCGGGAUUCUAAAUGAAAACUCUGAUCUUCAUUUAGAAAAAACAGAAUUACCCUAGUAUUGGUUAAAGGCUUAAUAUCCCAGGAUAUGUCCCUUUUAAUACAGAAUUUGCUAGUACUAAGUACUAUCUUGGUUCACAGUUUAAAAAAAAAAAAAAAGCUAACAGCAUUGUAAUGUAUUUCUAUGAUAGAUAACUAAUUGAGAAUUACUUCCUUGGUGCAAGUCUAUAGUGGGUCAAGUUGUCUCAGCUAUAUGUUAGGUAAUUGGGCCACUGUAGAACAGAUGAUGAAAUUGCUCUGUCUCCUAACUAUAGGUAAGCAUUUUUUCCCCUUGUAUGUGUGCUCGAAGAUUUUGUAACUUGUGUCCCUCUGGUUCUAGUUGUACCUUGAGGAGAAUGAAUAUAGCUAUUUUGUGUUCAUUUUUUAGAAUGGAAAUUUCCCUCAUGAUAAAUGUUGAUGCAAAUUUUGGUCAUAAUUUUGUGUGUGCAGGGUGCACUUUGGCUUCCACACGGCUAGAGUAUAUCGCUCUCCGAUGUGCUGCUACUGCAUCAAUACUGCAUGCAUUGAUAUCAUCAAGCCGUUGAUUGAAGCCUUCCCAUGCCUCUCCUUCAAGCAUUUGACACCCACUUUUCCAUAGCCUCCCUUGCAUGGCUCUGCUCUUACUUGCGUGGGGGUGUUAGAGAAGAAUGGGUGCUGCACAAAAGUGAGGCAUGGCAGGGCCUUAGUAGCAUGGUUCAACACAACCAGGUCUGGAACAGCAACAGUAUGCCAAGCAUGAAGUUGGCAUGGUGCAGGGGAGGUUAUAUUUGGACCCUAUGGGAACUGCUUUAGACUCUACUCAGUGUACAAGGUUUUCCCCCCAAUUAUACCAUGGAGAGAAGACAAAAUGUGAAGUUUAAAUGCAUACCCUAUAAUAAUUCUACUUUAGUUGGUGUAUGUAUUGAGUAUUUUAAUAACUCAACCUGCAUAAACUAUGGACUGACUAGAAAGGAAAGGAUUCUGAUAUUAAAUGACAAUGUCAUAUUUUAGAGCAAUAUCAACAGCUUGUCUAAAGAGAAACAAUUCUACAGUUUCUAAAACUCCUUUUAUUUUUUGCCAUCUAACCACUCAUCAAGUGACAUUGCCAGUGAAUUAUGACAUUAGGCACUAUGAAUUUGGCACAAAGCAUGUACAAUGAUGGUUACUAGGUCUGAAAAACAAGCAAAAGGUUUUGGACUCAAAUUGGAUAAUGCCUCCUUUUUGUUCUGUAGUGUACCAUGGUGUCAUUUUUAUGUGAAUGUGGUCAAAUAGCGUUUUUGUUGGCUUUUUGGUUUGUUUUUCCCCUGUCUUUCUGUGGGUAGGGCAGGGUGGGGGUGGGGUUAAAGCCAUAGGAAGAAGAAUGUGAUGUAAGUGUUCAGUAUGUACUUUUUUUGUUUCUGUUUUGCAAGAAGAGUUGAAAAAUAUUUUUGAUAAUGAGAGUAAAUGGUGGAAAAUG